GGCACCCUGCUCGUGGACGGCCCCGAGGGCGGGCAGCAGUGGUCCUGCACCGCCAGCAGGGCGUGCGCCAUCGCGGGGCUCGCGGGCGUCGGCCUGUCGUCGGAGGACCGCCUGAUGGUGAAGAGCGGGGACUGCGCGGGCGGCACGGCCCUCGUGGGCCUCCACUGGGUGACCGGGCCGCCGAACGUCUCCUCGACUGGCCAGGAGGCCACAUUCGACUGGGGCACCUCCGCCGUAGGCGCGCGGGGCGGCGUGUACAGCGUCUGCUGGUGCACAGCGAGGAGCGGGGCGGCCACCAGUGAGCCGUGCACGGAGAACUACCCGCAUCGUUUUUCGAUGAAGGCGGGCGAGCUCACCAUCUUCGGCCCGCGCCCCGCGCACGCGCCCUGGGCCGUGCAGUUCGGGAGCGCGGCCCGCGAGGUGUCCACCGCAGUGGCCAUGGACACCGCGGAACCGGACAGCGGCCUCGGCCACGCCCUCGUUGCGGGCUACACCAACGGCACGAUCGAGAACGCCCUCUCGGCGCGCCUGAAGGGCGAGGCCGCCGGCCUGGAGUACGACUGGGACGGCAGCGGCCUCGCGGACUCGAACUACAUCGAGGUGUCCUGCGGCUACUUCACGCCUGCCACGACGAAGACGAAGCAGAUGACCACCUGCAGGUACCUCAGGCUGGAGCUGCAGCCGCUGGACCUCCUUAACCUCGGGGGCCUCGACGGAUGGGUGUCCAAGGUUGCCUACAACGGCAGCCAGUUAUGGACACGCCAGAUCGGCACGGACGGGGACGACCUCGUGACGAGCGUCGGGGCCGACCCCUUGGACCACAGCAUCAUCGUUGGCGGCUACACGACAGGCAGCAUGAUCGAGGGCGCGCCCAUCGACCCUUUCACCGGCCUGCCGUCAGACAUGAGUGGCGGCAAGGACUGCUUCCUGGCGAAGCUCUCCCAGUACGGAGAGUACGUGACCGCCGUGCAGUUUGGCAGCCUCCUCGACGACUGGGUCGCGGCGAUCGCUGUGGGUGACGACGGGAGCAUCUACGUUGCUCUGACCCGCGGGAACCCGAUGCUGGGCCUGGGGACCGAAGGCGGCUCGGACGGUACGGUGGUGAAGUUCUCGAGCGACCUGGACUUCGAGUGGUUGGGCAGCGUCGUGUCCGAGUUCGACGACGAGCUACAGGCGAUCGCCUUGCACACGGGCGCGGACGGCGUGCAGCGGGCGAUCGUGGCGGGCUGGACCAGGGAC